GUUUGAUUCCGGUACCGAAAACCAAAACCCUACGCCUCACAUCCCGAGCGUGCACAUCCCUGCUCAAUUUGGGCAUCAUUAUAGCCUCACAUAUCCUCUCUAGAAUAAAUAGAGUUUUAUUUCUUUAUUUUUUGCUAUGUCCUCGACUGAGUAUUACGACCUCCUUGGAGUUCAGCCGGACGCGACCCCUGACGAUAUAAAGCGCGCGUAUAAAAAGAAAGCCAUGAAGCAUCACCCAGAUAAGAACCCUGGCGAUCCUACAGCGGCGCAGACGUUCCAAACCUUGCAACACGCGUAUUCUGUGCUCUCCGAUUCCGAUUCGCGCGCGGCAUACGACCGGUAUGGCCCCGAAGGGCUGAAUGGCUCGCAUAUGGGCGGUGCAGGAGUAAACCCCGAAGAGUUAUUUUCGCAUUUCUUCACGUUCAGCAUGGGCGGACCCGGAAGAGGUGGAUUCUCGGGCAAACGAAGGGGGGAGGAUUCUAUUAUACCUUAUGAUGUCACCCUGGAAGAUUUAUACAAUGGAAAGACGGCACGUUUUAAUCUCGAGAGAAACGUACUGUGCACGUCCUGUGCCGGAACCGGUGGAAAGCCGAAAUCCAAACCUUCGAAAUGCAUAAAGUGCGACGGACGUGGAACUGUACCAGUGACCCGAGUACUUCCCAGAGGAAUGGGGGUCGCUACGGCCACUUGCCCUGAUUGCGAUGGAGAGGGAACCCGAAUCAAGGAACGGGACCGGUGCAAGAAAUGCAAGGGAAAGAAAACCAUCAAAGAAAAAAAGGCAGUGGAUCUAGUAGUCGAAAAGGGAAUGGCUCAUAACCAAAAAAUCGUAAUGAAAGGUGCAGGCGACCAGCAGCCAGGUAUUGAAACAGGCGACGUAGUUUUCGUCCUGCGACUCACUCCCCACGCGAUGUUCUCCCGACUUUCGCCCACAUCGUCAGACCUACAUACAAACGUCUCCCUCACACUUUCAGAAGGGCUUCUUGGGUUCUCUCGCAUUAUCCUCAAACACCUCGAUGGACGAGGGAUUCGCAUGACGAGAAGACCUGGUGAGGUUGUUAAGGGGGGUGAAACGGUUGUGAUUAAAGGAGAGGGAAUGCCUGAUAGAGAUGGUAAUGGGAAAGGAGACUUGUUCGUCACGCUCGAAGUGGAAAUGCCCACUAAGGAGUGGUUUGAAAGUAUCGAUGCAAAGGUAUUGGAGGCGCUGCUUCCCCCAAAGAAGGAAGAUCUUGACCCUAAACCGAGUGUUGUGGAUGAGGCAAAGUGGGAAGGGGCUGAUAUGGAAGACUAUGAGGAUCGUGUGCACCACGAGUCUUGGGAAGAUGAUGACGAAGACGACGAAGACGAAGGGUUUGGAUUUGGAUCUGGACCUGGGCAUCAUCACCAUAAUCAUGGACAUUCUCAUUCUCAUGGGCAUGGACAUCGGUCUCAACCGAGGUUCUAUGACGACGACGACGACGAGGAGGAAACGCCUGAAUGCAUCCAUCAAUAGGGGAAAGUUGGGGUUAGCAGGGUGAGACCAAAUAAGCAAAUAAGCAAUGGUUGGAGGGUUAGGAGACGGAGUUGGACGAUA